CAAAUAUUUCGUAAGUAAAAUAUCAAAUCAUUUCCUCAAAUGGAUUUAUAAAUCGUUCCAAAUUAUAGACGUAUGCGAAAACAGUCUGCACUGAAAGGAACUCUCAAAAAGGAACUCUUGCUUUACUCACACGUUAUGCUAACCUGAUUUCAACCCAUUUUCUUUUGAACGCAGCUCUAAACGACUCAUCUAGAUGUUGCGGCGCUGCCUUUCACCUAAAAACCAGCAAUAAAAUUCGAGUUAAGCCUUCUGUUUAAUUAAGUGGCUAGAAUAAUUCCCCCAGGCAAGUCUAAGGUAUUCGUUCUGCCUUCUCCCUCAUUCUCGCCCUUCGAAGAAUAGCAAUUAGUAACCGAGUAGCUACAGGGAGGAGGAGCUAGCUGUGCGGUGAAUAUCAAUAAGACCUCGUCCGCCGGGCGAGGCAAGUCGGGGCUGGUCUGUCUCACUCUGCGGCGUUCAGCGAGCCGAGCAGCACCGCUCAGCUCUUGGGGUGGAAACGUGCAGUAACCGAAUGGCUUUCUUGUAUUUAAUUUCGCGCAGGGCGGGCGACAGUACGCCUGCACGCAGACCCGACGACCUCUGAGUUUCGCGGCCAGGACGCCGGAGACAGCAACGCGAUUUGGGGGAGAAAACUGAAUCCCGGCAGAGUGCCGCCGAGUUGAGCUUGCAGCGGCCGCUCUUGCGCUGUGAACCUCGGGACUCGGGAGUUGCUCCACGCCGCCUUAGGUUUCCCGGCGGAAGCGAGCCACCGGAGAUGUCCGUGAGCAGCCACGAGAACCGGAAGUCGAGAUCGAGCUCCGGAUCCAUGAACAUCCAGCUGUUCCACAAGGCGUCGCACGCGGAGAGCCUGCUGACGCACCUCAACCUGCUGCGGAAGCGCCACCUCUUCACGGACGCGGUCCUGCGCGCGGGGAGCCACCGUUUCCCCUGCCACCGGGCCGUGCUGGCCGCCUGCAGCCGCUACUUCGAGGCCAUGUUCGGCGGGGGCCUGAAGGAGAGCCGGGACGCCGAGGUCAACUUCCACGACUCCCUGCACCCCGAGGUGCUGGAGCUGCUGCUGGAUUACGCCUACUCCGCGCGGGUGAUCAUCAACGAGGAGAACGCGGAGUCCCUCCUGGAGGCCGGCGACAUGCUGCAGUUCGAGGACAUCCGCGACGCCUCCGCCGAGUUCCUGGAGAAGAACCUCCAUCCCUCCAACUGCCUGGGCAUGAUGCUGCUCUCCGACGCCCACCGGUGCGAGCGGCUGUUCGAACUGUCCUGGACGAUGUGCCUCGCCAACUUUGCCACCCUCUUCAAGACGGAGGACUUCCUCAGCCUCCCCAAAGACAAGGUCCUGGAGCUCAUCUUCAGCGAGGAGCUGGAGGUGGAAGACGAGAGCUUGGUCUACGAAGCGGUGAUCGACUGGGUGAAGGCCGACGUGGCGCGGAGGCGCGGCGACUUGCCCGAUCUGCUGCGCUGCGUGCGGCUGGCCCUGCUCCCCGAGUCCUACCUCCUGAAGAACGUGGCCUCGGAGGAGCUGGUUAUGGGCCACAAGCUGGGCCGGGAGAUCGUCGAGGACGCGGUGCGCUGCAAGAUGAGGAUCCUGCAGAACGACGGCGUCGUCACCGGCUUCUGCGCCCGGCCGCGCAAAGUCAGCCAGGCCCUGCUGCUCCUGGGGGGUCAGACGUUCAUGUGCGACAAGGUGUACGCGAUCGACCAGAAAACCAAGGAGAUCACCCCCAAAACCGACAUCCCCAGCCCCCGCAAGGAAUGCAGUGCCUGUGCCAUUGGCUGCAAGGUCUAUGUGACCGGCGGGAGAGGCUCGGAGAAUGGGGCCUCCAAGGACGUUUGGGUCUACGACACUCUCCACGACGAGUGGUCCAAAGCAGCUCACAUGCUGGUGGCCAGGUUUGGCCAUGGAUCCGCUGAACUGGAUCAUAUCCUUUAUGUCGUCGGUGGGCAUACGGCCCUGGCUGGCUCUUUCCCAGCCUCCCCAUCGGUCUCCCUCAAGCAGGUAGAGCAAUACGACCCGCAGGCCAACAAGUGGACGCUGGUGGCCCCACUGCGGGAGGGCGUGAGCAACGCGGCGGUAGUCGGGGCCAAGAACAAGCUCUUCGUCUUCGGGGGCACGAGCAUCAACCGGGAGAAGCUGCCGAAGGUCCAGUGCUUCGACCCUUGCCAGAACAGGUGGACGGUGCCUUCCGCCUGCCCCCAGCCCUGGCGGUACACCGCGGCGGCCGUGGUGGGCAGCCACGUCGUCGUGAUCGGGGGCGACACCGAGUUCUCCGCCAGCUCGGCCUACCGCUUCAACAGCGAGACGUACCAGUGGUCCAAGUUCGGCGACGUCACUGCCAAGAGGAUCAGCUGCCAUGCUGUGGCCUCUGGCAACAGGCUGUACGUGGUGGGCGGCUACUGUGGUGCCCAGCGAUGUAAAACCUUGGACUGCUACGACCCCUCUACUGACACAUGGGACAGCAUCGCCAGCGUGCCCUACUCCCUCAUACCCACGGCCUUCGUCAGCACGUGGAAGUACCUCUCUGCGUAGGGCAGAGGACAACACGGACGCUUGAAAGUAAGAUACUUAAAGUGCUACAGUACCACACUGCCAUGUCUGCAAACGAUAUUCAUGAUGCCCACUCAAGGAAGUGUGGUGGUAUGAUUUUGCACCUUUUUUCAUUCUCCUAUACUCAGAAAAUAUUGCUCAAACAGAUGCAGCAGACUGGGCAUUAUAUCUACAAGACGGAAGAGCUGAUAUAGUGUGUGAACACGCUAAAUACAGUUGUGUGCCCCUUUAAGAGUGCUUUAAUCCACUGUAGAAAGUUUACUUCAGGCUUUAAAAUAGCAUUCCUCUGCAGUGUAUACUGGAGGCUCAGGUGGAAGUGGUAAAGAAACUUCAGAGGUUCAAAUAGUCCCAGGAAGCACAUCUGUUUUUUUUUUCCUGUAGAAAGUUUGGGAAUGUAUUAUAGGGAUGCUUUUUUGGAAUCAUACAGUAAAAAAGACCCCCCCCCCC